AUGAAUAUUUCAACACUUAUCUACCUAGUCUUAAUAUUUUCUUUUUAAGUAUAGGCCUCUCAUCUUUGUGCAGAAGAAACAGAUCAAACAUCAGAUUGCAAAAAGUGUAUAGCGAAUUCGAAAUUAGAUCAAGGGACGUGUAAGUGUUUGGAUGGUUAUAUUUCAGACAAUAAAGUGAAUAAAUGCUAUUCUUGCUUGCCUAAUUGCAAAAGGUGUAAGCCAUUUCAAUUAAAUUAAUGCGAAGAAUGUUUUGGUGAUAAUGCUGACCCUCAAAAUUAAUGCGCUUGUAAAAAGGGGUAUAUCUAUUCAUCGCAAAUGGAAACCUGCAUUAAUAAGAAUAAUGAUUUAAAUCUGGAACAUCUAAAAUAUUAGAUUGAAUCAAAAGAGUUUGAGAGUCUCAAAUUUGAUUUCUGCUUACCUGUUGAAGAGUAUGCUGAAACAAGUCACCUUUAUAAGUUAAAAGUAAAUAAUGCUACUGCCUCAUUAUAAUUGAACUUUACAGAAUUGAACAACUAAAGUUCUAUUGCUUAUAUACAAACAAAGGAAAAGGUGAUAUUCGAAAAAAUCCUUCUAUAGAAGAUUAAAUCUAGGCCUAUGUUAAGGGAUUUUAACGAGACAAUUUUUGAGAUAAAUUAUAUUUAAGGAUUAAGUCAAACUAAAGACAAUAAUGAAAAAUAGAAUUUAAUUCUGAUGAUCGAAAUCAAGAACGUCAUUUCAAAUAGUUAUUAUUUCUUAUUGAUGAAGUGCGGUUUAUAAGGGAGUUUAGAAGAAUAAAAAAUAUAAGAAAGUCACGUCAAUUAAGUAGUUGAUAAAUACUUUAAUCUAUUCUAUUAAUGUCCUUCUAAUUGCAAGACAUGUACUUUUUAAACCACUGAAAAAUGGUCUAAAGUGUAAUGCAAAUAAUGCGUUAGUGGGAUGAAAUUAGAUAAUGGUAAAUGCUUUUAUGAGAAUUAACCAAUCAAAAUUAGAGAAGUAAGAUUAAUUUCAGGUUCAGAAGAAAAUACAGAAUGCGAUAUUUAAACUUAUUUAAAUAAAGAUGGAUAUUGUGAAUUAUGUGAUAUACAGAAUUGUGAAGAAUGCGAAAAUCAAUAAAGUUGUAAAAAAUGUAAUGAGAACUUUGAGUUAAAGGAUGGAAAAUGUUAAUGUAAACAGGACAAAAAUGAAUAAUGUUAUAAUAAUAUAAAUAAACUCUGUGCUUAUUAGAAUGGAAAUGAAUGUUUGUAAUGUAAUUAUGGCUAUUAUUUACAUUAAAAUGAAUGUCUGAAAAUGUUAUCAAAUGAAUAAUUGCUUUGUAUAAAAUAGGAUUAAUGCUAUAAUUGUUUGAACAUGGAAUAAGUGAUUUAGAAAUCCAAAUUUGAAUCUAACAAAGAGAUUUGUGAAUGUGAAAAUGGAUAUUUUUUGAAUUAUAGAUUAUUACAAUGCAAUCAAUGUGAUUCUAGUUGUAAAACUUGUGUAGAUAGGUAAAUCAAAUGCACAAGUUGCAAAGACGGAUUUUAUUUAUAAGAUAAUAAAUGCAAGAAGUGUCCUUCGACUUGUCUCAGAUGUGAUUCUAAUGAUAAAUGUAUAAAUUGUAUUGAUGGCUAUUAUUUACAUCAAUUUCAAUGUAAAAAGUGUGAAUUUUUGAAUUAAGAUAAGAAUGUUUGUGCAAAAUGUUAGAAUGAUAAAAUCUGUACUGAGGCAAUUGAAGGAUAUUAUGUUGAUAGUAGUUCGAACAGAGUUAAUAAAUGUGAAAUCGAAAAUUGUAAAGUGUGUAAAGACAAAUAGAUUUGUGAAAGAUGUGAUCCAAAUUAUUUUGUGGAAAAAGGAUCUUGUGUACAAUGCCAUGAAGGUUGCGUUAGUUGUGAUCGAAAUAAUGAAUUAAAUCAGAUCAAAUGUUUUAAUUGUUCUCCAAAUUAUACACUUAGUGAUGAAGAUGGAAAUUGUAAGAAAUGUCCAUCAAAUUGUAAGUAAUGUGCAACUCCAAAUACUUGUAAUGAAUGCAAAGAAGGAUUUAAAUUAUCUCUAGAGACAUAGUUGUGUGGAUGUGAAAAUGCAAAUGAAUAUUUUAAGAACAAUAAGUGUUAAAUCUGUGUUCACAAUUGCGAAGUGUGUGAAACAAAAGAUAAGUGCAAGAGGUGUUCAACCUCCUAUGUUGCAAAUAGUAAGGGUCUAUGUGAGAAAAAAUAAUGUAAAAUUAAAAAAUGUGAGAUAUGUUAAUCUGAUGAUUCAUGUGAUCAAUGCGAAGAUUCCAUCUAUUAUCCAGAAGAAAAAAAAUGUACUUGUAAGGGUAAUUGCGAAACAUGCACUUUGUUAGAUUCAAAAUAAUAAUGUACGAAGUGUAAAUCAAAAUAUUAUUUAAAGUAAAAUGAAUGUGUAGAAUCUCAUUGUGAAGAUGAAGCCAAGGAUGGGAAAUGCAAAAAGUGUAAAAUGGGAUAUUUUAUCAAUUCAAAUGGUCAAUGCGAAUAAUGUGAACCUAAGAAUUGCAAGGAAUGCACUAAUAAUGUUUGCGAUGUAUGUCAGUAAGGUUUUUACCUUCUGGAUCAAGUAUGCAAAAAAUGUUCAGACCCAUAAUGUUUGGUUUGCGAAUAUGAUUAAAAUGAAGAGUAAGAUCAAUGUAAAACUUGCAUGCUUGGUUAUUCUUCUAAGGAAACGAAAUGUUAUAAAGAAAACAAUAUGUUCCCAUUACUUGCUCUAGUUUUCAUAAUUGCUGUAAUUUAUGGGGCCUUUUACUUCAAAGAAUAAAUCUUAUCGCUUUGCUCAAAUUAAAAUUAAGGAUUCGUAAAUAGUUCUGAUUAAGAUGUUGAACUUACAAAUAAGUCAAAAACACAGACAAAAUAAAACAGAGAUGAUGAUUUUAAUAUAUUAGAGGAUUGA